ACAUCCGAGUGAGUUAUCUGAGUGAAUCUGAGGGUGUGUUUGUGUGUGAGCGAGUCUUUUUUUUUCUUUUCCGUCCUUUUAACAUGUUAAGUCAGAUCAGGAAGUGUGAUGCUGUGACAGUAGAGAAGGAAGUGUGCACACAAUGGCACUAUGUUUGUUUCUGGGACUGGUAGCAUGAGAGGGCCCCGGAUGAAGACCCCUCUGCUGCUGCUGCUGCUGCUGCUGCUGACCACUCUGACUGGAACAGUGUUGUGCGAAAAUGAAGAUGAUGGUACAGACACUGAGACACAUGACGAGGACACAGCUGAUGAGCAAGUUGAAGAAACAGACCCAUCUUAUUAUGAUGCCACUUCAGCACCGGACCCCACAGAGCAUUACAGUGACUCAGAACAGACCACCUCCCCCCAAGAUUAUGAGAGUUCAGAAACCACAGUGGACAGCAAUGUUACGGGUCCAACCGACGUACCAGAAGAGGAGGAGGUUUUGAGUCCCAUCGUCAUCCUGAUCCCUGUGGUGCUGGUGGUCAUUAUCAUCGGCAUGAUAGUUUGCGGUAUUUUCAUCAACCGCAGGUGGAACGAAAAAGUGAGGAAUCAAGAGCUGAGAAAAGAGGAUCCAUAUUUGGAUGGGUCCAGUACAGAGAAGGUGCCAAUGCCCAUGUUUGAAGAAGACGUGCCCUCUGUGCUGGAGCUAGAAAUGGAAGAGUUGGGCCAAUGGAUGAAAGAGGAUGUUGAACCUGCAGAGGACUUUAAACAUGCAUGAAUCUAUUUGUGGUCAACAAAGGACGCUCUCCAGCCAUGCAAGAACACACAGUUAACAAUGUGUCAAUGACAACGUGGCCGUUCUGACCUUCUCUACAAUAAUCCAACUGUGACGACAGCAACUAAAUGUGACUGCCAGGGAACACAACACUUAAAGGACACUAGAUAACACUUGAAGGACACUAGCAAACAUUAUUUUCAUUUUUAAAGGAUAACAUUACCAGCAACUUAUUGUCCCUGAAAGUAUUCAGUGGACAAAGAUUGGACUUAAACUUGUUGAAUAGUGGCUCUUUGAUCAGUGUUGUGCCUUUCAUGUAUUGCUGCAUUGCAUUACAUUUAUUUAGCGGACGCUUUUAUCCAAAGCUACUGACAAAAGGUGGAUUCAACCAUUUGGGUGUAACUCCAAAAAGUGCACGAAUCAUGCUAUUACAUUGACGAAAUAUGCUGAUCUACUUCAAGUGAUACAUUUAGAGACAGUAAGAAGUAGAGAAAGAUUUUAUGUGCCAUGGUGUUGUCUGAACGAAAGAGUUUUCAGUCUGCGAUGGAGGAUGUGUAGAUGCUUUGCCUGUUUUCAUUGUAUUGUUGAACUGUCGAGAAGUCAACGGCUAUAAUCCACGGAAAUGCGCGGUAUUUUCUGACCAAAUCCAUCAAACAGGGUGAAAAGUAUUUAGAUUAAACUUUUAAAAAUCACUGUGCUUCUGCAGAUUCAUACUGUGGAGUAUGUGGUUAUCUUAGAGCGCAUUAGGCCGGUACUCUUCUCGUCUUCACCACAGACAUGACUGUUUCUGCUGAUGGCUUCUCUUUAGCUCAAAGCCUCUUUGUUGUAUUACACUGUGUGACUCCCUCCAGCUGCAGGUUUUAAUGGGGAAAUAUCCUGUUGAAGAUUGCAGGCAUGCAUGACAGAGAAGGCCACUCCUUUUCAUGCCUGUGCAGAGCUGGUUAGGACUGAGUGUUUUUCAUGAAUUCUCUAAGUGUGAAAGCAGUUGCACUCAUUUCUGAGUCUUUUGAUAAAUUAUUACCCGUUGCUGAAGCAGCUUUCAAAAAGCUGCUGCUGUUAAGGUUUUCAUCUCACCAUACAGUAGAUAAUAACUAUCUGACUGUUUUGUUUCAGGUUUGGGAUAAAAAGUGUUGCAUCUAAGCAGUCAUGACUCAUGAGAGUGCCACUCUCUGAACGUGUCAGUCAGUAUUUUACAUUAUCUUGCACUAUAAGUAUGAGAAUACAGUAUACCAAAAGAUAUUAUUUUCAAGGAAUGCCUUUUGUAAAUAUUUCAUAUGAGGCUGUUGUCUUGUUGUUUUGCUGAUGAAGCUUUGAACGAAAUUUCGUUAAAUAAAAUCUCUUGAAAAAAAUCACGAUGCCAGUGUGCCUCAGGGGAUGGAUAUGUUGCUUUGCUUUUAUAAUAUCUCCACAACUAUUGGAUGGAUCGCCAUCAAGUUUAGUACAGACAUUCAUGGUUCCCAGAGGAUGAAU